CGACCGGCAAAGGCGCUGUCUUGAGACACGACAUUUACGGGCGAGGGUUUCAGGUGGACUUCAUUCGGCUUGUCGAACGAAGCCUACCUGACAACGUACGGAAUUGAAAUAUGCCUACAUUCGUGAACGACGAAAACUCCCCUAUAUACGCUCCCAACGCCGGCGUCGUUCAUCUUGGAAACCAUCACGCACCAAACUUUGAAAAAUUGUCAACUGCUAAAGAAACCCUCAUUUCAAGACCGUUAACCACCACAAUUGACACGAAUGAAACUUGGGACGAUAACUCAUCUUCGCAUUCCUCUUAUAGCUCCGACCUACGGACGCGAAUGAAUGCGGAUGGGUCGACCGUGCCGAGCAUGACUGCUUGGCCCAAUGGCAGGUCGAGUAAAGACUCGAAUGGUUCCGCCGCAACGGGCCCAAACUCCAAAUAUCUGUCCAAUAUGAAAGCACCUUUGUCUAGAAACGACUCGUCAGAACAUCAGCCCACUGUGAACGGCGUAUCUCAAACAACCGAAAAUCAACGUAAGAGCACGUCGGAAUCUCAGCUCAAUCGCUUUUCUGUGGACUCUCGUGUUUCGGUUUCGGUACAACCUCCUGUCGAACAAUCCCGAAAUUCGCUGAGCAAUGGUACUGUGUCCCCCGACGGGUCGGUCCCGAGCUACUUACUACCAAGCCCAUUGACCCCGUCUACACCCAAUCCCGACCCGACUCAACGUAGAUCUCCGCCGCCACAGAGGUUUUCUGGUCCCCCGAAUUACCCGUCAACCGGGGCGUCCGUGUCCACAUCGGCACUGCAGGCUCCCUCAGGCGGGUUGAAACACAGACACACUCUCGAGGUGCCUAGAGUCCAGCCUGGGCGAGGAUCGAGAGAUAGCAAUGACACCGCAUUCGCUAGCGGUAGGUUCUCCCCUACCGGAGCUGGUCCAUCUCAACGCCGGGGGUCCCUGAAUCUUGGAAGACGUAAUACUCGUUCCUUGCACUCCGAUGUGCCUCGCGACGAAAUAUUGCCCGAUGACGAUGCUCUGAGGUGGGCAGAAGCAUAUCGACAAAAGCGGGCCAAAAAGAAGAAGCGGGAAGAAGAGGAUGAUGAUAGGGUCUUGGUCGGAACCAAGGUUGACGAAAAUCACGCGAAUUGGACGACGGCGUACAACAUGUUAACGGGUAUUCGUGUAUCUGUUUCUCGUACGAAUGCGAAACUCGACCGCCCCCUUACAGAUGCCGACUUCGAAACUAAGCAGAAAUCGACGUUCGACAUCGCGGGCAACGAGUUAGUCCCCUCGGCGAAAUAUGACUUCAAGUUCAAGGAUUACGCGCCCUGGGUCUUCCGGCAUCUUCGUGCUCUCUUUAGGUUAGACCCUGCCGAUUACCUGAUGUCACUUACGGGAAAAUAUAUCCUGUCUGAGCUUGGCUCUCCGGGAAAGAGUGGUAGUUUCUUUUAUUUCUCUAGGGACUACAAGUACAUCAUCAAGACUAUUCACCACAGUGAACAUAAAUUCCUGCGGAAGAUCUUGAAGGAUUAUUACGAACACGUCACGGAUAACCCGAAUACGCUCCUGUCCCAGUUCUACGGUUUGCACCGCGUCAAGAUGCCAUAUGGCAAAAAGAUCCACUUCGUCGUCAUGAACAACCUGUUCCCUCCCCACCGAGACAUCCAUACUACAUUCGACCUGAAGGGUUCCACUGUAGGACGUGACUAUCGUGAAGAAGACCUUGAGAAGAAUCCGCGGGCAACUCUAAAGGAUCUGAAUUGGCUACGACGAAAGAGGAACCUCGAACUAGGAAUCCAGAAGAAGCAACUAUUCUUGCAACAACUCGAGCGUGACGUUCGCCUUCUACAAAAGCUAAAGAUUAUGGAUUACUCUCUUCUCAUUGGAAUCCAUGACUUACGGAAAGGAAAUGAAGAGAACCUUCGAGGCAAGACACUACAGGUAUUCAACCCAGGGGGGGAUAGUCCGUCGGAUGAGGGGUUCGAUCCCAGCUCUGUCCUCAUGAGAACGCCGUCAAAACUAGAAAAUGCACGUAAAGCGAGGGAGCUAAGACAGAUGAUUAAGGCGGAGCGGCCUGUUCCCGUAGGCCAAACUAAUACCAAAAUGCCAGAUGAGCUAGCCGAAGGUCAUGGCCGAGGCGGAAUGUUUUAUAGCGACGACGGCGGCUUACGAGCGACUCACGAAGACAACAGCGCGGGUGAAGAAGUCUACUAUCUCGGAGUCAUUGACUGCUUGACACACUAUGGUGUGAUCAAGAAGAUAGAGCAUUUUUGGAAGGGUCUUUCCAGCGAUCGUACCCAAAUAUCCGCCCUGCCACCUGAGGAGUAUGGUGAUCGUUUUAUCAAGUUCAUGUCCGGUAUUACAAAAUCGCAGGAAGAGGCAAUGCGAGAUGCCCACGAACGCGAGGAAGCGGCCGUUGCGAUGGCCGAAAUGGAGCGUGCCCAACAAGACGACCUUGAGGCGCCAGGACCUAAUAGUGUGCCGCCCGCACCGUCUUAUCUGCCUCCUGCGCCGCCAGGUAUGAGAAGCCCAAGUUCUCCUGAACCAAAUCCCACUAUAGAGACUGCCCUUAAGAAGGCAAACGAGAAAGAUGGUGCUAAGGAGGAACAAGUGCCGGAACGUAAGAUAACGACGGCCAUAUCUCCUGGAUCAAGGGCCGACUCUCGUGCCGUUCUACCGGUUGUCGAGGAAACAGCGGAGGCAGGCUCAGUUGGUGGACGAAGCCAAGGCGACAGCGCUAGUGAAUCUCGACCUUAUACACCGUCGCCAACGGAGAGGCCGGAUGGAUUUACCAACCUGGGCCCUCAUGGUAUAGGGGGUAGGGGCCCACCAACGCCACCAAAGACCAGUUACCUGGAACCCGACGGUAGUUUCGUGAGUGGGAAAAGGAGUGGUAAUAGCGGUGGCGGGUUCAAAUUCCUAAGACACAAAUUCAGUCGUGAAAGUAUCGAGAAGGCACUGCCGCCUGUUCCCAAAUAAAGAUCUACGAGUCGAGCGAUUGCUAGGAAUUCUAUUGGCGUUAAGGUGUUGGAGUCAGGUAAUGGGAUUGCUUGAGUACCUUGACAAAUCGUUGAGUAACCCGAAGUUCCGAAGCGAAUAAUAUUGGAAGGAUGGCGAGACACCUAAUGAGCAAUAUAAAAUCGGGUCAAUAUCGAACUAUGUUUGCCUGGGGUAGGAGUGGU